AAUGAAUGGUCCGAUGAUGAAAGUCUCUGUGAGCUGGAGGGGAAUGAUCUUGAAGAAAAUUUGAAAGGACUUCGAGCAGAGACGUUUUUUGACAAGUUGUCAUGGCCGAAGAACAGUAUGGUAUGGAUGAAAGCAGAGCAGAGCCGGUCUCUCGGAUACAAUGGCCUCUCCAGU